UAACUCAACCGACCUCAGGGCGAUCGGCAACACCAUAAACGCCGGCGUGAAGCGGCCGCGCGUCGUACCCGUCUCUGUCGACUCUCGAGUCUCCACUCCAGUUCACCCGUUCCCCACUUUCCCAUGUCGGACGCGUACAAGAAAGCCAAGCCCGGCCGCCUCGUCUUCAAGGGCGGCGAGGCCGCCUCCAUCCACAAGCCAAAGAAGCACAAGAAGAAUAAGAAGCCCGCCUCCGAUGCCCCCGCCGACGGCGACGUCGAGGCCGCGGUUGCGGCCGCGGAGGGAGCUGAAGGCGGAGGAGGUGCCGCCAGCGGCACCGGCGACGACUACACCAUCGACGCGGCGAAGAAGAUGAAGUAUGAGGAGCUCUUCCCAGUGGAGUCGAAGAAGUUCGGGUACGACCCCGCCAACGCCGCCCGCGCCGCCGCCCGGAAUCGCACCGUCGAGGAGGCCCUCGACGACCGCGUCCGCAAGAAGGCCGACCGCUACUGCAAGUGAGGUUCACUCAUUGCUGCAGAUGUAUUGCUCAAUGUAUUGCAGAUGGUAUCUUUGGAGAGUUAAGAUCCAUGGAGAAUUAAGAUCUUCCAUGGCAUGUUGUUUAGUAGUCAGAGUACUGGUCAAGCAUUUUCCUUAUGCAUGUUUGUACUAGUAAUUAGUAAGCAUAAGUAUUGUUGCAUCUGUUAUUCUAAUAUUUUUUUACCCUAUUUCUGGGUCAAUUAAGAGAAUGCCACCAAUUUUAUAUUGCAAUACGGCCUGGGAAGUGCUUACUAUGUAGUACUAUGUUUAUGCUAAUGGAAGGGUUUGAAAAUGUAUGCUUGUGUUGCUUUUAGACAUUGUAUCUUCACAUACAAGUCAUUAAAUUUGUCCAGGUUUGAUCUUGGAGGCAACAGGCAAGUUAUGGAUAUGAA